AUGCCCCCUGAAUUUGUCCAAACUGCUGACCCCCCCAAGGCAAAAUGCCAGGGGUGGGCAGGGGGGCAGGGGCAGCAGGCGGCGCCACCGCGCCCACCUGCUGACCGACUGGGGAAAAAACUGAACUGGACAGCGGGCUUGGUGUAUGAAAACCCCAAGCCCACGGCUGAACAGGGCCCGACUGCUCCCCAACUCCAAUCUGUCCAGCCCCCCACGCUACUCCGCCCGCCGCCGGCGGUGGAGGAGGAAGUUGAAUGGGACCCCAAGGCCACCCCUGAACUGGUGGAAAAGUUGGCUUACCACCAUCGCCCGACAAGACACCCGCACCUCCAGGGGUCUGCUGCCCACCGUUGCCAGAUGCGCCGCCGCCCGAUGGCACGCCCAAUGGGCCUUCCUCCGGGUCCUCCUCCUGAUUGGGUUCCAACGGUGCUUCGGGCUCAGACGGCCCACCCUGCAAUGCAGAUAGCCGUGCGAGCAACUCUGAUUCGAAAGGGAAGAGUGAGCGACAAUGGCCCCAGCCGACAAAAUGCCGCCUCGAAUCAGCCGCCCAAGGGCUGCGCAGUAAUGAAGCUGCCGCGCUGGCCCUGCCCGACCCGGCCGCCCCGCCGAUACCGCCCAAAUACAAAUCCGGAGCUUCGGCCUCGCCAGCGCCUCACAGCCGCCGCACGCGCCUUCGCACAGCGCCGAACCAACGCCGCGCUGCUCGACAGUUCCCGCCGCCAAGGUCCCUCGCCGCCCAGGCCUCGCCGCGCCGUGCUGCGCCGCACCGCAACAGAUCCUGUUGCCAGAUGUUCCGUGGGUGAUCCUGUUCCUAUUUUUCACAAGUCCUUUCAGUCAGGGGACCUCAUCAUUGCUGGCAUUAUUUCUCAGAUUUAUAUCUUUUCUGAGCGCAUAACAUUUGGAAGACAUCCCUCUCAGGAACUCUUUGAUGAUACCAUCUAUUUCAGUCCAAGCAGGAUCUACCAAGCAUCAAUGGAUGCUCUAUCUACAAGGGACAUGUUCUUCCCUAACUACAAGUGUGAUGGAAAGAGAAAUCUGGUAGCAGUCAUUGGAGGCCCAACUUCUCAUGUAGAUCUUCACAUGGCCAAUGUCUUGAACAUUUACAAGAUCCCACAGCUGACAUAUGGAUCUGCAUCACUGGUGACUGAUAAAAAACAAUCUCCAUUCUCCUACUGGAUGUUCCCAAAUGCAGCCCAUCAAUUUAAGGGGAUUCUCCAUUUGCUGCUGUAUUUCAGAUGGGGGUGGAUUGGGAUGGUUUAUCUAGCUGUUGAAGGUGUAGAACAGUUCAUACAGAGCAUCCUUCCCUCUUUCUUGCAAAGCGGAGUCUGCUUUGAUUUCAUAUAUAUAUUACCAGCAAUAACUUUUGCUGAAGAUAUCACCGAUGCUGUGGCCAAGGGAUUAGAGAUGUUCAAGACUGGUUUGAGAAGCUCAGCUACCGCAUUGGUUGUACUUGGUGAAAUUCAGACAAUUAUCACUUUGCGGACCAUAUACCGAUUUGUAGAAUGUGAGGAGGUGCCAAUUAAAAUCCAAGGCAAAAUCUUGAUUAUGACAGCUCAGAUGGAUUUCACAUCACUUCCCUUCCAAAGAAACUGGGACAUUGGCAUUGUCAUCCAUGGGGCCUUAUCCAUUGCAAUUCAUGCAGAAGAGGUGUUUGGGUUCUAUACAUUUCUUCAGAUGAGAAAUCACACUUCGGAGAGAAGAGAUGGUUUCAUUAAGGCCUUCUGGCAAAAGGCAUUUGGCUGUACAUUCCCCAGCUCCACAGCAGAAAGCAAGGAUGAGCAACUCUGCACUGGAGAGGAGAAGUUGGAGACUCUUCCUGCAUCGGUCUUUGAAAUAAGGUGGACUGGCCACAGCUACAGCAUCUACAAUGCUGUCUAUUGUGUUGCACAUGCCUUGAAUGACAUGCACGCAUCCCAGUUCAGACACAAAGCAGUGGGAGACAGAGGAAGAACACAGCUUCUGAAUCAACAUUUGUGGCAGAUACAUAAAUUUCUGAGAGCUGUCUCCUUUAACAACAGUGCUGAGGAACAUAUUUCCUUUAAUCAAAAUGGGGAAUUAAUUGGUGGAUUUGAUAUUCUAAACUGGGUGACAUUCCCAAAUCAGUCCUUCAUUAGAGCGAAAGUUGGAAGGAUAGACCCAAAUUUUCACUCCGAGAAACUGUUCACCAUUCAUGAGGAUGUCAUCGUAUGGCCCAAUGAGUUCAACCAGACAAGACCACUUUCUCAGUGCAAUGACAACUGCCAUUCUGGUUACAGCAGGAAAAAGAAGGAAGGGAAGCCAUUUUGCUGCUAUGAUUGCCUUCCAUGUCCAGAAGGGAAGAUUUCAAAUAAGAAGGAUAUGGAUGACUGUUUUCCAUGUGCAGAAGAUCAUUAUCCAAACAAUGAGCAGAAUCAAUGCCUUCCAAAAGGUAUAAGUUUCUUGUCUUAUGAAGAACCUUUGGGGAUCAGUUUAGCCAUUUUUGCCCUUGCCUUCAUGUUCAUCACAGCUUUGGUGCUCAGGGUCUUCAUUAAGCAUCAGGGUACUCCCAUAGUCAAAGCCAACAACCGGAAUCUGACCUACUCUCUCCUCAUCUCUCUCCUGCUCUCCUUCCUUUGUGUUUUACUUUUCAUUGGCCACCCUGGGAAGGUGACCUGUCUCCUUCGACAAAUAACUUUUGGUAUCAUCUUUUCAGUGGCAGUCUCUUGUGUGUUGGGCAAAACUAUCAUUGUGGUUCUGGCUUUCAUGACCACCAAGCCAGGGUCCAGAAUGAGAAAAUGGAUGGGGAAUCAACUGGCUAUCUUCAUUGUCCUCUUCAGCUCUCUUAUACAAGCCGUUAUAUGCACUGUUUGGCUGGCAACAGGUCCCCCAUUCCCAGAUCUUGAUAUGCACUCAAUGACAGAUGCAAUUGUACUGGAAUGCAAUGAGGGGUCAGUCACCAUGUUUUACUGUGUCUUUGGCUUCUUGGGCUUCCUAGCCUUUGUAAGUUUUGCUGUGGCUUUCAUAGCCCGGAAGUUACCUGACACUUUUAAUGAAGCCAAAUUCAUAACUUUCAGCAUGUUUGUCUUUUGCAGUGUUUGGUUGUCCUUUGUCCCAACAUAUUUGAGCACCAAGGGAAAAUACAUGGUGGCUUUGGAAAUCUUCUCUAUUUUGGCCUCCAGUGCUGGGUUACUAAGUUGUAUCUUUUCCCCAAAAUGUUAUAUCAUUUUGCUGAGGCCAGAUUUGAAUAACAGGGCACAGAUGACAUGGAGAAAGCACUGAAAAA